AUGACUUUUCUCAUUUUUCUCUUCUUGGUUUACUGUGGCGGAAUUCAAGCGUUGAGGUGAGUUGUUGGCAAAAAUUUUUCUGAAUUUUGAAAGUUUAAAGUGGCUGAUUUGAUUUUUUUCGAGAGGAGACAAGAUGGAUUUUGAACUCUUCUGGAGCUUUUUGGAAUUUUCCGAAGCCUCCUGGAGCCUUCUGAAACCUUCUGAAAUUCAUUAGAGGCUUCUGAAGCUCCCUGAAGCGUUCUGAAGUCUUCUGAAACCUCUAAGAUUCCUAGGCUAAAUCUAGGGUUACUGUAGUCAAAUAAAGAUCCCAAUCUAAGCCUAAAGCCUAAACUCAGGCUUAAGCCUAAUUUGGAAGUUCAAAUCUACAUUUUUGAAAUGAUCCUGAUCUUGAGCAUAGAUCUUUUAAGAUUCGGGGAUUCUUAGCCUAAAAAUCAACUCAAUUUUCAAGUUCAAAUCCAAAUAUUUUCAGCUCAAGAAUCGAAAACCUUGAAAAAUUAAAAUUUCUAGUGACGUCACAAGAAAAUCCAAAAAACAUUUUCUAAUUAGUUUCAUUUUUCUAAAUUUAACAUGAGUAAUCUGAAUUGUUUUUCGACAUUUUUCUUUUUUUGAGGCUAAGAAGCCUUAAGGCCUUCUGGAGCCUUCUGGAGCCUUCUGGAGCAUUCUGAAACUUUCUGAAGCCUUCUGAAGCCUUUUAGAGCCUACUGAAACUUUCUGAAGCCUUCUGAAGUCUUCUGAAGCCUUCUGAAGUCUUUUAGAGCCUUCUGAAGCUCCUGGAGCCUUCUCUGAAGCUUCUGAAACCUUCCGAGGCUUCCCUUAACUUUUUAAGGGCAUUUUAAAACCUUCUGAAACAUUCUGGAGCCCUUUAAAGCCUUCUAAAGCCUUCUGAAUCCCACAAAUAAUUUUUUCAGCAAAAAGUUCGAUCCGGAAGUCAGCUCAUAUUGGGGACCAGAAAAUGCGAAGCGAUUCGACCCCUACGCAAAACGCUUCGAUCCAUAUACCAAAAAAUUCGACCCACUCUCAAAAAAAUUCGAUCCAAUGUUCAACAAACGUUUCGACCCCUACACCAAGAAAUUCGACCCCACCUUCGACAAAAAAUUCGAUCCAAUGUUCGACAAACGCUUUGAUCCCCUGUCGAAACGUUUCGAUCCAUUCAGCAAGCGAUUCGACCCGUUCUCAUCGCUCAACCCAUUCACAAAACGUUUCGAAAUGUUGGAGAAACGUCAGGAUUCUGGAGCACCGUAUGUUCGCAAAUUUUGGAUUCAUCAUUUGGAUCAAUCGAAGCGCAAUAUUAUUGAUCCACAAGCUUUUCAGAUUGGGUUUGGAAGAAAAUAA